AAGUCAGUCAGUGAAACGUCAUUCUGAAACGUGCGAUUCGGGGUAUAUUGUAUUUUCGAGAUAAAAGUGCGUUUUAUCGAAAAUAUUUGAUACGUUUUGGUCAAAUUGUGUACUUUAUCGUGAAAAAGAUAAUAUAUUAAGGUCUGAAGAUGGUGAAGGAAACAACUUACUAUGAUAUUCUGGGUGUUAAAACCAACUGCAACAAUGACGAACUCAAAAAAGCUUACAGGAAAUUGGCCCUCAAGUAUCACCCUGACAAAAAUCCAAAUGAAGGUGAAAGAUUCAAACAAAUCUCCCAAGCUUAUGAAGUUUUGUCCAACCCAGAAAAAAGGAGGAUUUAUGAUCAAGGAGGUGAACAAGCUUUAAAGGAAGGUGGUGUUGGUGCAAGUGGAUUUUCUUCACCCAUGGACUUGUUUGAUAUGUUCUUUGGUGGAGGCCUUAGUGGUGGCCGUAGGCGAGGUCGGGAACGCAAGGGCAAAGAUGUCAUCCACCAAUUGUCAGUGACUCUCGAAGAGUUGUAUAAGGGUGCAGUGCGGAAACUGGCUUUACAAAAGAAUGUUAUUUGUGAAAAAUGUGAAGGUCGUGGUGGAAAAAAGGGCGCUGUACAAACAUGUCCAACUUGCCGUGGUACUGGCAUGCAAGUCCAGAUUCAACAGUUUGCUCCAGGCAUGAUUCAACAAAUCCAGACUGUUUGCAGUGCUUGCAGAGGACAGCGUGAGAUAAUUGAUCCAAAGGAUUGCUGUAAAGUUUGCCAAGGUCGUAAAACUGUGCGUGAACGCAAAAUUUUAGAAGUCCAUGUUGACAAAGGUAUGACUGAUGGGCAAAAGAUUGUAUUCAGUGGUGAAGGUGACCAAGAACCAGAACUCGAACCUGGAGAUCUGAUUAUUGUGCUAGAUGAGAAGGAACAUGACGUAUUCAAACGGUCUGGUAAUGAUCUCGUUUUACGCUUAAAUAUUGAACUUGUGGAAGCAUUAUGUGGUUUCCAAAAAGUGAUAAGAACUCUAGAUGACAGGGAUAUUGUGAUAACUGUAUUACCUGGUGAAGUCAUAAAACAUGGUGAAAUCAAGUGUGUGUUGAAUGAAGGCAUGCCAAUGUAUAAAAAUCCAUUUGAAAAGGGUCAACUCAUUAUUCAGUUUUUAGUUAAUUUCCCUAAUCGCAUUCCGCCUGAAGUCAUUCCAGCCCUAGAGAAUUGUCUCCCACCACGCCCCAGGGUUGAAAUUCCUGAACUGGCAGAAGAAUGCACGCUGAUGGAUUUGGAUCCAGAUCAAGAGAAUCGUAGACGUCGCGCCCACCACGGUAACGCGUACGAAGAGGACGACGAACAUCCCGGCAUGAACCGAGUACAAUGCGCCACCAGUUAGAUGCAACGUGACUGCCGCUAUGCUAUAAAUGCCGAUGGACCUGAUUCACAAGUGUGACCCAUAUAAUAAUAUGUAUUUAGAUUUAGAGGAAUUUGGACUUACUGGCAUAAGGUAGCUACUCCACACCAUUGAAUAUAAAAGUAGUAUUGGUGUAAAAUUUACUACAUAAUAGUCGAGGUGCAACAUACUAAAAUUAUGUGUUAAUUUUUACAUUCAGCAUCUUGUAAUAUUUAAUUUAAAAAAAGUGAACUGUCAGUUAUUGAAUACUCAAGC